AUGUCCACUCCAGCUGAAACCUCUUUUGCCGAACUUAAGGCAAUCACUAGGCAGAUUGUUGACAUUGUCUGGGCGGCUCAGCUGCUCCCACCUGGCAACAGCCACUUGGCUCUGAGAGCACAAGUCACUGAACUGGUGGCUAAGGCCGUCCGGGACCAUGCAGAUGCACCUUGCAUUCCAGGCAUAGUCUUGUCCUGCUCCAAGGAGUUACUUCACAUUAGGCAGAUGUCCCCCCAGGUUUGGCCUGACUGGCACAGCAUCAGCCAUGACAAUCCUCGCCUCCAGAGGCACAGCUGGCGCGAGAAGGUCUUCGCCUGGGAGGCUUUAGGCGACCGGACGUUCGAUCUUCCCCUCAAGGCCCCCAAAUCCCUUGACACUGUUGCCAUUGACCUUCCCUCCCCACCUGUCGUCACCGGCAGCAUUGCCGGCCCAUCCUCCGGCACUAUCGCCGAGUCCCAGGAGAAGCGUCAGGAUAAGGGUAAGGGUAAGGCGUUAGAUGCUGACCUGGAACCUGAGGCGGACAGGAGGAGGAAGAGGAAAUCGCCCCUGAUUUCGGGAGUCUCCUCCCAACCGCCGAAAUCUGCGAUGAAGAGUUGCAAGAGGGCUAAGUCAGCUCGCAUUGUGAAGUCGUCCGAGUUUGUGGAGUCCAAGGAUGAAGAUGAAGACAAGCCAGCUGCCCAAGGAGGGCCGGUCAUCCUCCUUGAUCGUGUUACCUCAGUCUCGCCUCGGGUCCCCAAGAAGGCCCCUUUUGGCCCUGCGAAGGUAAUUGCCGGAAGACGUCCAGAGGUCAUUGAGCACACGGACUCGAUGUCCAACACCCCCGUGGUCACCCCGGUGGUGGCGCCAACUGUCAUCAAUACAGAUGACAUUCUCAUUCCUGGACCCAACAACCCAUGCUGGGCUUGCAGCAACACGGAGUGGCCCUGCACGACCCGUUUCGACAAGAGGAAUAGGAACGGCCUUCUCUCCUGUGUUUACUGCAACACAAAGAAGUUGAAGUGUUUUUCCGUCACCCUCGGAAGUCCACCGAAACGGUUGCGGGAUAAGUCAACCACCUGGAAGUCCAGGUCCUGGACACCUUCCAAAGGUCCGUCCACCUCCCAACCAAUGGCCUGGACCUGCAGCCAAUCUCGUGGGGCAGCCGGAACUACCAGUGCAGGUGCUGCUGGAACUGCCAGUACAUCUGCUGUGACCGCGCCUAUGACGCGCAGUCGCAGCAAGACAAUAACUGCUGUCAAGGCACCCGCCCCACCACCUACACCCUCACCUGCACCAGCUCCAAUUGCGUCUUCGAGUGCCCACAUGCCUUGUGUGGCUCUUGAUGUCCCCAUGCUGGACCUCCAUUCCAUGGCAAUGACUAUUCGCGAUAGUGCCGGACGCAUCAAGGCUCUCGAGGAAUGUGUUGCUGAGCAGGGUAGACUUAUCGAUACCCUCACCCAGCUCCAUGAGAGCCUUCAAUGCAAAACCAUGGAACACCAUCCCUCAUUUCCCCUUCCCACCACUCUGGCAAUUGCACCGUCUUUGUUGCUUGAUCAAUCCGUCGCUGGAACAACAUUACCCUCCGAAUCCGCACUCCCUCCUCUCAUUGAUCUUUCGAUGGCAGUGAUGGAGCCCACACCCACAAAAAUUGAGGAUCCAUCUGCCAUCGAGGGUCUCUUAUUUGAGCCGAGCCAAGUUCAACUAGCCCCGGACCCAUCACCUACUCCCCCAACUGCCGGAGACAUUGUGGUACCGGAUGAUCCUCGCAACCUUUUCCUGGAAUAUGAUUCUCCUGAUGACAUGGAUGUUGAGGUCAAGGUUGAAGUUGAAGGUGGUGAUGAGGGUCAUCUGGGCGAUGUUGAAAUGUCUACAUAA